AGAGAGGCAUGGAAAGUCACAGCCAAAACUGUGUAAAAAGAGGGACAUGAGCCAGUACAGUUUGGGGCUCUUCUGGUGUAUCAUGUAUGCACUGUGAACUGUUCUCGGGUUUCUUUGUCGACAAAUAAACUCUGCUGCCUUGGACACUGCCGACUCCUGAUAAUUUUUGAAGACCUGAAUCUGGCUGAAGUUUUCUGAUCGCGGCCCAGUGGUUUGGGACCCCAGACCCAAUCCACGUCAGAAUCUAAAUAUGUGUGCCAUGAUUUCUUCAUAUGUACUGUGGUAAAAAUAUCAGAGUGCCAUUGACUUCACAAGUUCCAACAGGGAUCCCAGGUACCCUCUCUGCCUUAACUACAUCAACCCUCAGCGCUACAAUGAAUACCUGGCAGCUGUCUGGGCAGUGGGUAAUGUCACCCAGGACUAUGACAGUACCAGAUUAAGUUAUCACAGUGCUUUGCUGCAGCCAGAGAAGUUAUGAAGGUCAACAUUUGUGCUCCAAAGUGCAGAGCCAUCUUCCUUUUACUGGCUGUAAUUGUCUCUAUCGUUAUACUACAUAACAUGAAUGACCUGAAGAAUAAAGGGAGCUCCACAAUCUUCACCCAGAGAGUUUCCACUAACACUUCCAUGCAUCAAGCUGUAUGCACCUAUCAACCUCUCUCCACUGAGGACGCUGUGGAAGCAAGCCUCCUACUAGACUCCAUCGCUUGGCCUGAAACUCCACCUUCACCAGCUCCAGUUUCUCUGGAGCAGACCAGUGAUCCUGCCCACAGCACCUUCACAGUUCUCCCAAGGAAGGGAGGAGGACAGUGGCAUGUAGGAGAUCAGCUGGAGGUUAUGAUCAAAAUUUAUGACUUCAAGGGCAGUCCCAGGAAGUCUGGAGGAGACUUCUUAAUCGCCCGACUGCACAACCAGAAGCUUAGUGCAGGUGUGGCUGGACAAGUGGUGGAUCAUCUCAAUGGCAGCUAUUCUGCUGUAUUCUCUUUACUCUGGGAAGGAGACGCGCAGGUUGAGGUGAUGCUAAAAACCACCGUGGUGACACUGGUUCACCCCAGUGAAGCUAUCACAGUGCUGCAAAGGCUGAACCAGGAACAUCCAGACAGGGUUUACUUCAAGAGCCUCUUCCGCUCAGGCUCAGAGUCUGAAACUACCACCUGUAAUGUAUGCCUGCCUCCAACCCAGCAGCCAUUAUGCAACUACACUGACCUUCAUACAGGUGAGCCGUGGUUCUGCUACAAACCAGAGAACCUGAGUUGUGAUGCCAGGAUCACACACGCUGUUGGAGGAUACGACUUAAACAUCACAUCCAUGGAGAAGAAGCUCUUUCAAAGUAAUGUCAACAUGAAAGUCUCCAUUCGGGCUUCAGAAUCUGCUAGUGUCAACGUGUUACCAAAUAAAUCAGGUCAAGCAAAGGUGAAGAACAGUAUUGUGAAGUCUGGGCCCUCUGGUUAUUAUUACCAAGGAGUGUGGAAAUCACUAGGUGGCACCACAGUUCGCCAAUUCAAAACCCCGUCUGACAUCACUCAGUGUCUGAAAGGGAAGGUGGUCCAUGUGUAUGGAGACUCCACCAUCAGACAGUGGUUUGAAUACCUCACUGCAGAGCUACCAGAUCUCAAGGAGUUCAACCUACACAGCCAAAAGCAGGGUGGACCUUUCUUGGCCCUUGACUAUACAAACAACAUCAUGUUGACUUUCCGCUGCCACAGUACUCCGCUCCGUAUUACUGAUUUUCCAACCAGGGAGCUGCGUUACAUUGCUAAUGAACUGGAUAACUUAGUUGGAGGCGCUAACACUGUUGUAGCUUUUACCAUCUGGGCUCACUUCGGCAACUACCCCAUGGAGUUCUACAUCCGGAGGCUGCAGAACAUCCGCAGGGCGGUGGUGCGGCUGCUGGACGUGGCUCCAGACACACGGGUCAUCAUCCGAACUGGAAACCCAAAAGAGUUGAACUUUAUGGGGGCACUGACCAACAGCGACUGGUACUCACUACAGAAUGACAAGGUGCUCAGAGCUAUGUUCAAAGGAUUGAAUGUUCAUCUGGUGGAUGCAUGGGAGAUGGUUCUGGCCCACCACCUGCCACACAACCUCCACCCACAACCUCCUAUUAUUAAGAAUAUGAUAGAUGUUCUCUUGACCUACAUAUGUCCUCAGAAGGGCAGCUAGAUGUGUGUUUGUUGGGGGAGGAGUGGAUUCAAAUGCUCUUACAUGUUGUCUCUUGUUUCCACCAGAUGCUGCAUUUGUUUCUUCAGCAGUUUAAGCACAUGCACAGAGUGGACUAACUACAGUUUUUCUGAUCUAUCUUUAACCAGGGAAUGUUGAGUGAACACAAAAGAGACUGGACAGGAUGGAAAGCAGCUACAAGACAGAUUAGGGUUGGAUAUUACAGAUAACCACUGCGGAAUGAUCACAUUUUUUGUGAUCACACUUUUGUGUCAAUUUAACUUUAAACUUAUGCCGUCUUGUUGCACUCCUCUUUUGACUGUGUUGUUUUGCAUGUCGACUUGCCAGAUUUGUCAUCUGACAUGAAUAUCGUCCUUAUGUGUCAUUCUUUCUGUCGUCUGACUCUGCAGCAGUCAGUUGUCUCAUGGAGCUUUCAGGGUGUCCAUGGCAACUUGUAAAGCUGGAAAAUGUUAAGUGACCAAAUAUUUAAAAGACCUUUGUUUCUCAUUGUUAAAUAUUUUCCUUGAACAAAAACCAUGUAAGGCCACUACAGGGUGUAAAUAAUGAAUGUCAGACAUAAAGUCUACUGUCUGUGUUUGUUAGCAGAAUGUACAUGACAUUUACAGGUAGAUGAAUGAUAUAUUGAUACAUUUACAAUUAGCCAGGUAGAACAGUUCUGGGUUGUUGAACACUUCUAUCCAUAGUUUUUUUGCGCUCAUCCUGAGCUUUAACUCCAGUAGUUCCUACACCAGAUACUGAAGUUAUUUUCCAUUCUGUGUUCAGUCAAAGGGGCAUAAAACUGCAAGUGGAAUUUAUGAUAACAGCCUUUAUGUGAAAUUAUAUCUACCUUUACCUCAACAGCUACAUUUUCAUGAAAAUCUCUCUCAGGUGGUGUGAACUGUUUAGAAACAACAGAAACAUAGACUUGUUGAUAUUCCAAUAAUAAAUUUGCGUGAUGUUAA